AUGCUUUCUAACAGCGAGGACUACUUUGCUGAACUUCGCGCGUUCCCGCCUGACGCCCACGCGCUGCAUAACCAUGGGGCCCGCCUCAACUACAUACUGCAGAAGAGGCACAAAAUCCCUGCAGAGAUGGCGGAGUUGGCGCUUCAGCCGCAGAGCUCGGAGGAAUUUGAACGCUUCUACCGAAAGCAGGUGAUGCGCAUCGUGGACCACUUCAACGCGAUGACGCAGCGGCACAUAAAGGUGAAGGUGGACCAGCGCUUGCCGAGAGGAAUGCAGGUUAUACGUGGCGGAGCGGUUGCGGUUCCAAGGAAGGGUGGCAAGACAGAGAAGGCGGCAUCGGACUGGCACGCCGCCGGGGCUAAAGUCGCCGCUGUGGAUCAUCACAACGAGUUUAGUGUGAGGAAGGCCAACGCGAAGAUGCCUCAUUUGCAGUCAGAGGGGCAGCAAACACCGAAGGCGGUCUCUCCUGCCUUUGCAGCGGGGCUGCAGGGCUACACCGCCACAGACGGCAAGACGACGCUUUCAUCAGAUGACCGUUCCACCAUUCUGCAAUCGACGGCGAAAAAGACGUGUAGGGAGGUUCUCUUCGGCACCCCGCCAGAGUUCAAAGGGUUUAAUGUGCCGUUGGAGGCCUCCCCGGCGGAUUCCUUCUUGAGCAAAUCACCGCUGCUUUUCUGA